CCCGCCGAGGAGGCCACGCUGACCUUCCGGUACCAGCGGAGCCGGCGGGAGCUGACCAGCGACCUCCAGGUGCCGUCCCUGGGCGUGGACGUGGGCAGCAGCCUGCGGCUCCGCGAUCUGUCCGACCCCGAGCAGGCGCGCUACAGCCUCACGCUGGACGUCCAGGCCUGGAAAACCACGGAAUUGACCCUGACGGGCCACAUCAGAUGUGACCGGAGGGAAGAGGGCUCCCUGGGCGUCGUGCUGUCCGUGCCCUUCCUGAAGGCCGAGGCCCGGAAGGAGGGCCUGCUGCGCUGGGCCCCCGGAGAGUUCCUGCUGAGGCUGGACAGCUCCGCCACUGCCUACGGCACCACCGUGUCCAAGCGGGUGGCCUGGCGCUACGACGACAAGAAGAUGGAACUGGAGUGGAACACGGGCACCAUCACGGACACCGGCACGCUGGCGGCCCACCUUCCCCUGGACGUGGCCGGCUACAGAGAGAGCCUGCGCCGGGCCUCCUGGGACCUGCUGGAGCGCAAGGUGGCCCACACGGACAUGAGCUUCCGCCACAUGGGCUCCAAGCUAGUGGAGGCCAUGGACACUUGGGCUCAGAGGGCCUCCCAGGGCCUCCCUUACGGCCAGAGCCUGCAGAGGGCACUCCACGGCCUCCGCCAAUGGGAAAUGCCGGAGCUGCGGGUCCCUGACAAGCUGUUCUUGAAAAGCGAUGGCCGGCUCCGAUACACACUGAACAAGGACCACGUGAAGGUGGACAUUCCUCUGCCUUUUGGGGGGAAAUCCCUGGAGCAGCUGCAGCUGAGCCGUGUGAUUCGCACCCCGGCCCUGGACCUCCAGGCCAUAGGACUCCGCUGGCCCGAGAGGGAGUUCAGGCUCCCCGCACUGAGCGUCCCCGAGUCCUACCCCCUGCGGGUGCCCCUGCUGGGCGUCCUCGACUUCUCCACCAACAUCUACAGCAACCUCUACAACUGGUCAGCUUCCUACACAGGCGGAAACACCACCAGCGCCUCGGCGGAGCACGUCAGCAUGCAGUCUCGCUAUCACGUCAAAGCCGACUCGGCCCUCAGUCUCUUCUCCUACAGCCUGCAAG